ACACGCGCGAUUUUCGAACGGGAAGUUUAGUCCUAACGUGAUUUGCAUAUAUCAAACUUUUGCUGUGUUCUUACGCAACAAAAGUACCAUUUCAGUUCUAAAAAAUCUAUCCUGAGCUAUACGUUCGGUAGAUUACUUUUUUUUUGAGUUUCACUAUAUUUAAUAGUUACCUGUGGUUUUGCCUCAGCUUACUAUUCGGUUUUUUUUGUUUUUCACGUAUAGACUAGUUUCAGUUUAUAUCACUCGUUUUGUCCGUUUUUGUCCUUUUUCAGUGUGCAUUUUAGUGUUUUUUUUAAAAAGGUCUUAAGCUUUUGCCAGCAUCUAUAACAUAGUUUGCUUCAACACCGUCAUGAAAAACUCAUGCAAACGUCCGGGAUGCCGUUUUGCUGUCACAACUGGCAUGCAGUGUGACAACUGCAAAGGUUGGUUUCACGAAGCAUGCACAAAUCUGACAGCAACUGCUUACAACAAACUCAGCAAGUCAGACCAAAAGUGGGUAUGUGUCACGUGCAACACGGACGCAGUAGUCUUGCUGAGUAACAUCAUUGUCCUACUGACAGGUCUUCGAAACAAGCUGUCAGUUAAUUUGGAAUACGACAGUAAAAAAACCGAUAUACAAACAAGAGCGCGCAACGGACUCAAAAAUAGGGAUGUCGAUAGGUAUGUCAUCGAUGGAGCAUCCAUCAACACUAACGACGACGUGUCGAGGCUCAGUACCAUCAUUACGUCGACGGUACUAGACUCCCUAGGCAAACUCGGGUCUCCCAGCUCAGGGUCGCUGAACACAACAGUGGUUCCCAAAAACCCUGCAGGCGAUUCGACCCACGUUAAGAGAGCCCAAAAGAACCAGGCAUCACCGCCUAAGCCGAGCAACCCAAGUGUUGCUGCACGGAAAAUAACUGGUGAUUUAGUCGCACAGUCUACCCCCAAGACUGUUCGUCCGGUCAAUAAAGAGCCCAAGAUUCAUAAACGCACACUGACCUCCAAAAAACAAGUUAUUAAACCUGAACCCAUCGUGAAACCUGGUAAAUUAACAACAGUUCGUGACGAUUCUCUCAUUAUCAUGAACCUCGUCGACAAUCCUGACCUUCCUCUCAGUCUGCAGGAUAAAAACGACAGGAUGCUGUGGGGUGAAUUGAACAAAAAGCUCGAACUUCCUAGAAUAGAGCCUUUGACGGUCACCCGGCUCACUCGAGGAAAGGAUUCUAAGCAUCUAAAUCACCCGAGGCUUCUCCGAGUAACACUUAAGAAUGCUACCGACGUAGAGGACGUCUUGCUAGCAAGUCACUUACUGAAAUCAGAUGGUAACGUAAGAAUAUUGCCCGACAUACCGUACUCUGAGCGCAAUAUCAUACGAAACGUCCCUAAAGAAUCUCGCGAGAAGUUCUUCCGCGGAAGAAAUAUAAUUGUCCAAGGUAUACCGGAAAAUGCAGACCCUACUCAAUCAAAUUCUGACAUCAGGGAAUGGAAAUUCAUCAAACAGUCCUUGAGGCUCAAACACAUACUGACUCAGCAUGUGACGAGACUAGCCAAGAAGGACGGUGAUCUUAGACCCCGUCUAAUGAAGAUAACCUUCCCAUCUUCCCACAUGGCGGCUGCAGUUCUGGAAGCAUUUCGUGCUAAUAGACGUCGAUUGCCACCUGGAAUCCACAUGCACCCGGAUAGGCCAUACGAAGUCAGGACCAAGAACAAAGGCAAGCUGGAGCUGACCAUUCCACUUGUGGACUGUCUAAACGAUAAAAAAACGUGUAAAGGACAGGGCCUACCACCUCGGCAAACCUCAUAUAGGUGGGCUACCUGUCCAUUCACAUAAGGUUCAUACAGAAAAACAGGACGAAGCUCAUGCGUUCCAAAUUGAAAGCAUAAACUGCUUAUAUAUGAACGCCGCGAGUUUACCAAACAAACUGGAUGAACUACGUGAACUUAGCAACGCUAACAAGGCCCAUCUGAUAGGAAUAUCUGAAACCUGGAUAUCUUCUCAGUUCUCGGAUCAAGAGUUAGCAUUGCCUGGGAUGACUUUGUUCCGCAACGACAGAAAAAUAGGAAUUGGGGGCGGAGUAGCCAUAUACAUAAGCUCUUGCUUGGAGGUGCACCAGGUUCACAACCUCGAGUUUAACAAUCUUGAGGAAUCCAUAUGGUGCUCUGUAAGGUUGUCUAGUACUUCCAGGUGUCUAGUCGGAGUCAUUUACAGGAAGCCAACUGCCGACACCGAGUACGAUAGUCGUAUGCUGGAAGGACUAUCCCGCUCUAUCCGUCUCGGUUUCACACACAUCCUGAUUCUAGGGGACUUUAAUCUCCCUAGAGUCAACUUCGCGGAACACACGUACACUGGAGGCGACAACUCAACUGAAGCUCGGUUCUUCAACCUCAUCGAUAACUUGGGCUUAUAUGAAAAUGUGAGGUCGGCAACUCGUUGGAGAAACAGUCAGACACCAUCGCGCUUAGACUGUGUAUUCACUAACGAAGAAUUCCUAGUCGACAACCUCUCAAUCCUGGCUCCUCUGGGAAAAAGCGAUCAUGCCGUCAUAGCCUUCAGUUUUGUCAUCAAAACUAAGCUAAGGUAUCCCAACAAUAAUUUGCGAUGGAAUUUUAAACGGCUGAAUGUGCGAGCUCUACAUGACCAUCUACAACAGGUGGUUUGGGAUGUUCACCCUCAAAUCGAUGUGGAUGGUCAUUGGGACUUCUUGCUGCACACGCUCUUAUGUGCUACAGACCAUUCAGUUCCUCAAACGGUUCCCAAAAGCUUCAAGCCACCUACAGUAAUCAAGAACCGUACCCUUCGCCUCCUAAGCCGCAAACGGCACUGUUGGGCGGAAUACAAACGAACUAAUAACGAUGGAGCGUAUAGGCAAUACAAACAUAUCAGGAACACAUGCACGAAGGCUAUAAGAGAAGACAGGCUUCAGUACCAAACAAAGCUUAUGGACAAAUUCGCCUCUAACCCUAGAAGCCUAUUCCGUUAUGCAGCCUCUCUUCGUCAAGCCAAAACAGGAGUUUCUCAACUGCUAGGUCCUAACGGCCCGACCAACAACGAUGGCGACGCCGCUAACCUUCUGGCGGCCCAUUACUCUCAAACAUUUCAACCGGCUGAUAUCAACUUUACUCAUGACAGUUUCAUCUGCAAUUCCACAGGACUUUCUGAAGUGGACCUAAGCGCUGACUUGGUGUUCCGGAAACUGCAGCACUUAAGACUUGACACUUCUCCUGGCCCGGAUAUGGUUCAUCCUGCCAUACUGAGGGAGGCAGCCUCAAUCCUGGCAACGCCGCUUAGCGUGAUGUUUUCACACUCGCUUAGCCGAGGCAAACUACCGGAAAAUUGGAAGUUGGCUCACAUCACACCAAUUUUCAAAGGUGGUCGACGCAAUGAACCUUCAAGUUACCGGCCGGUAGCUCUUCUGUCGUUACCUUCAAAACUCAUGGAGUCCCUGAUAUGCGACGGUUUAAAUGACUACCUACUGUCCUUAAAUUUCUUCUCACCCCAACAGCAUGGUUUCAGGAAGGGUUACUCUUGUAUAACCAACCUGCUGACUGCGGUGGACAGAUGGACAAGCAUCCUCGAUCGCAAGGGAAAGGUUGAUGUCAUUUACCUUGAUUUCUCAAAAGCUUUUGAUAAGGUUAACCACUUGUGUCUUAUCAACAAGCUCAAACGACUAGGUAUCAAACCACCUCUAAUCGACUGGCUUACUUCAUACCUAAAAAAUCGACACUUUAAGGUUAGGGUUAAUUUCACUUUAUCUCAAGCUAUGGAAUGUCCUAGUGGGGUCCCCCAGGGCUCAGUACUAGGGCCUCUUCUCUUCUUGAUCUACAUAAAUGAUCUUCCUCAACAGGUAACGUCAGACUUAUUACUUUUUGCCGACGACGUGAAACUUUGGAGAGAGAUACGCAACCAAGACGAUAUACAGGCACUUCAAGAGGAUCUGACUCGACUUCAAAGUUGGGCAGACGAUAACGGACUUACCUUUAACACUUCAAAGUGUAAAGUAGUCCAUCUGCGACAUGUCGCAAACUACAGUUACAACUUAGGAAACUCCUCUCUAGUAGUAUCCCAAGUCGAAAAAGAUUUAGGAGUCCUGGUGCCCCAUGACUUAAAGUCUUACGCUAAUUGUGACAAAAAUGCCUUCCGAGCAAACCUUGCACUGGUAACGUUGAGGCGCAUUUUUGGUCAGUUUGACGGAAGAACUUUCCACACAAUCUUCAAUAGUUUCAUCCGUCCCCAUUUAGAGUACGGAAACAUAGUACUCCCCCCUCACUCCAAAAGGAUAAGGUCACUUUGGAGCGUAUCCAACGGCGAGCCACGAAAUCAGUUCGAGGACUCAAAUCUAAGCCUUACGAAGAACGCCUCCGUUCACUAGACCUUUACCCACUAGAAUAUAGGCGUCUUAGAGGUGAUUUAUUAAUGGCUUAUAGUAUUCUUAACACUUCUGGACAUCCUCUUAAACACCUACUUAAGCUUAGUUCGAACAAUAACCUAAGGGGUAACACCCAGAAACUGGAAACACAACAUAGCAAGACGGAAUGUAGACACAACUUCUACUCCUUAAGAGUUGUCAAAAGCUGGAACUCGCUGCCGGCCGAGCUAGUCCAAGCGACUUCUCAGGAGUCCUUCAAGAGGCAACUUGACCUAUUCUUAAGGACCAAGGACAGCAUCGCACUAUGAUUUACCAAUUUCUUUUCCUCUUUUAUUGUUAACAUACCUAGGUUCCUGCCUGGAGGAUUUGGUGAUCCCCUGCUACUAGACACGGAAGCCUGUUAAGCGAAAGCUUCUUCUAUUCCGUCCACAACCAUUUGAACCAUUUGAACCAUUUGAAC